CGGCCCCCUUCGGUGCAGGAAGCGCCGCGGACACGCGCGGAACCCGCCGGGUCGGGAUGCGCCGGGAGAGCCCGAGACCGGGCCGGGCCCAGCGCAUCGGGCCGCGCCGGGGCCGUACCUGCGGCGCUCGGGGCAGGGAUGCGGGCGCCGUGAGCCCGGCAGCGGGUGCCCAUGACGGACCUGGCUUCGCCCACGGGCGAGAACCCUUUCGCCUUCCCGGGCGGCGAGGAGGGCCUGGGGGAUGAGAAGGCGCUGGUGAUCCACAGCCAGGCGGAGGAGGAGGAGGAGAAGGAGUUCAAGUGCAUCCUCUGCGGGGAAUGCUUCGGCCAGCAGCCCAGCCUCGCCCGGCACCAGAAGCACCACGCCGGGGAACGCACCUUCAUCUGCGCCGAGUGCGGCAAAGCCUUCAGCCUCAAGCAUAACCUCAUCAUCCACCAGCGCAUCCACACCGGGGAGCGUCCCUACCAGUGCGGCGUCUGCCAGAAGAGCUUCAGCCUCAAGCAGAACCUGCUCACCCACCAGCGCAUCCACAGCGGCGAGAAGCCCUUCUCCUGCCAGCGCUGCGGGAAGCGCUUUCGCGAGCAGCGCUUCCUCCUCAACCACCAGCGCACCCACUCCGAGGACCGGCCCGGCACCGCUGCCGAGGUCCAGCCCGGCGGCAGCCGCUCACCAGAGCCGCAUGAGGCGGCCGGCGGCCCCUUCGCCUGCGCCCGGUGCGGGAAGGGCUUCAGCUGCCGGAGCAGCCUGGCCACGCACCAACGCAGCCACUGCGGGGAGCGGCCCUUCGCCUGCCCCGACUGCGGCAAGAGCUUCAGCCACAAGGGCUCCCUGAAGAUCCACCGGCGCACCCACACCGGCGAGACCCCCUUCUCCUGCGCCCAGUGCGGCAAGAGCUUUGCUCAGAAGGUCAACCUCACUGCGCACCAGCGCACCCACGGGGCCGAGGCCGCCCUCACGGAAUGACGGCUGCGACUGCCGGAGCGGAGCCGGAUGUCAACAGCUGUCAGCUGCCGGCCACACGCCACGUUUCGUGGGGAAGGAGCUGCACCACCGUGCUGCCGUGGGCAACACCGGGGAGAGGGGCGUGAAGAGGAGAGCCCCCGCCAGCGCAGAAAUCACGCAAAAUAAAAAUAAAAUAAAACAUAAAGCUCAAGGGUGGACACUGCUUCCCCACCGGCAGCAGCUCCGGCACGGAGGAGGGACUGCGGCGAGGCAGGGAGCUGCACCCCACUGCGGCGAGGCAGAGACCCCCAGCCCAGGCAGCGCAGAGGUCCCGGUGCAGUGCCGGUGGCGAGGAGCCGAAGGACAACCUGGAGGUGGCGGGGAGCACCCGCUGUGGGGUUGGGGCGGUGGGGAGGACCACAAGUGCCCAGCAGGUGGGAGGGCUCCGCUCUGGGGAUGUGCCGACUCCAAACCGCGGCGGAGAGCUGGAGCCCGGCUGGGAGAGGUGAGCCGCAGCUGGGACAGGAAAACCGCCCUUCUGUUCCGUGCCGGGCACGAGCGGCUGCAGGCAGGGACCGGUGCAUGGCACGGCCCUGGCUCCCAGUGACGGCAAUGUCCCGGUUGCUGCUGGCUCCUGAGGGAGCUGGGCCGGGGCUCCCUCCCGCAGAUCCCCCCCCCACCCUCGUGUCACCCCUUGUGUGACGCCCUACGCCAGCCGAGGGCUUCAGGAUGAGCUUCCAGGGUGAACGUCCCCGUGGGGGGACAUGUGGCGCUUCGUGGCACCCCGGCCUUCGCCCCACACCACCAGUGGCACCGGCAGCGCUGCCCAGCCCUGGGCAGGAUGCUCUGCGUGAGUAACAACAAGCAGCCGAAAAGCAUUUUCCAAACCUAGGGAUUUUUCCCCAGAAUGUGCCACUCUGUACAGGGCUGUCUCGGUGUCAGCUGCGGGUUACUGGCCAGCGCUGCGCUGCCCACGAGCUUCCCCUGGGCUCCGGUACCCUCAGACAAGAAGCAAAGCCCUGUGCGGGUGCCUGCACAGGGACCCCCCCCCACGCUGCCCCGUCCCCCCCCACCGCUUCCCUUGCCGCUGCUGUGUGGAAAUGCAGGUACUUUGAUGUGUAUCAUUAAAUGAAUUAAAGCCUGGAAAAUC